AUGUCUGCUAUCCCAACUACCGCUCAAGCAUGGCGCUUCCCCUUUGACCAGAGUACCUGGAACGGCCACAAGAGCCUCGAGCUGCGUGAGGUUAAGAUCGCUCCUCCCAAACAAGGCGAAGUUCUAGUGAGGCUAUACGCGGCGGCUCUUAGCUAUAGGACAUUCUUAUCAGCAAGGGUUUGUACCCCGGACCGUACUCCACUGGUCCCGAUGGACAAGGACUCGUUCCGUCGUGCGACGAAGAAGGGAGGCCGGGUUCACUCGCUCUAUGAAACCUGGUUUGAGGGUCCUGUCCGGGACAAGUACAUCCCGUUGACGGUUGGUAGUGGUACCUCAGGAUGCCUUGCUCAAUAUAGGGUGUUCGAUGCGAAAACUCUCCUCCCCAUCCCACCUCACUUAUCAUACGAAGAAGCAUCCACCAUAGCAUGUGCGGCGGUGACCGCAUGGCACUCAUUCUUCGAAAAGCGUCCGAUUACAAAGGACUCGACUGUGUUGGUACUCGGUAGCGGAGGAGUAUCCGUUUUUGGUGCGCAGCUUGCGAAGGCUGCGGGGGACGCGAGUGAUCGCCACGACCUCAAGCAAGGAAAAGGAAGCCAAGUAUAA